AUGUCUACUUCUUCUCGACCAAGAGACGCCGCCUCACAAACUGUUGAAGAUAUAUUCUUCGAUGCUGCCGAGGAGAUAUUCGAGGACGCCUUGGAGAACCAAGAGCUUAAAUACAUCGAACCACAUCCAUAUCUUGCCGAUCCAGAGAAAAACUAUUAUCCAGAUCUUCCAGCAAUUUCCCUGCGAGAUGAAAUCCAAAAUUUCAAUGCUCAGGAACCAGCUCCCUAUGACGAGGAUGAUCCUGAGUAUGAAACGCUUGCGAUGGUUGAGGAUUUACUCACCGAAUUACAAGAAUAUCACGAGACAAAGAUGAGGCAGGAAGACAGCAAAUAUAGACGUGUUAUGGCUCUCUAUGAGAAAGUCAUCAACCGCGCACAUGAUCCUUCGGAGAUGCGUACACGUGAAGCUGUCAUGAAGGAGAGAGCAUUGUAUGUCAGACGCCUGAACGAAAUUGCGAGAACUCAGAAACUCCUGAACAGAGAGUACUUGGUUGAAUUUAGAGAACUCAAACUGGAUGGAGGUGCCAUCAUGGAUAAAUGGCAUUCAAGACAAAGCUCGCUGGCUGCAGUCCCUCACAAGCUGGUCGUUGAAGAACAUGUUCGCUGGACAAUGCUUAGACAAAAGCAACUUGAGUACUUCCACGAUAAGACGAAGAAUCUGGUCAAUGAACAGGCCAACCGAAUCCGACAACUUGAGUAUGCACUCGCGAGAGCCCAGCAGGCACCCGAAGAUACUCCAUACGACUAUCAUACGACGACUAGUGUUUUAGCUGACGCAUAUCAAAUGAUGUAUCAGCAACGAGUGAACCACGGCGUCCAGAAUGUUGUACAGCCCAGUGCAGUUUUGGGGCAAUCCGAUGAUGUUGCAGCUCCAAAUGGGCAAGAGCAAGUGAGUGCAGAAGAAAACCUUGCUCAAGCUCAACAACCACAUGAUUUCCAGAACCAAGGAAAUACGGAGCUCGUGACGGAUUCUGGGGAAAUUGACCCAUCUGCAAUCGCAGAUGGCCAACAAGAGGCCGUCCACAAAACAAACGUUCCUCAAGCAAGCCAAGCAUGGAAUUCUCAACACCAGAAAAGUUCAAAUCUCGUGGACAACGCUGAGAAAAGCGGCGAUGAUACCAUCUCAAAUGGUCAAGCUGAAGUGAUCGAAGAAGGAGAGAUUGCUGAAGUAGAGCAGUCAGUCGAUUUCCAACAGCAGGAGAUUCCAGAGCCAGAUACAAAUCUGCCUCAGGAUCAGUCUAACUUCAUGACACCCAAUGGCCAAGAAGAGCCUAUCGCUACUGGAGCCAACAUUUUCGAAGGACAGGAACAUGCUGCUGACAACACACAAGUUGUCCAACAGCUAGCAAAUCCUUUACCUACCCACCCUCUAGAUGCUGCAGUCCCUAUCAUUCCAAAUCAACAGGUAAAACAACACAGCUACGUCAAUUUUAUGGAAUACGCUGAAGAUCCAGGCCGCAUGUACCCCUUACAUUCUAGCGAUCCAAUCAAGAAAGCAUGGGCCAGAAAGAAGUUGGAUCUAGACUUUGAGAAGAAAAAGAAAGAUACCAUAGAUGAGACCAUGCAGACAGGAAGAAACGAGGCUGCAUUGGAGAGGUGGGCCGAGACAGUCAAUAAUCUCUUCCAAGAAGCCUCAUCAGAUCGCCGUGCUACAAAGCACAUGAUCCAGGACUUCGACGAGAAUGAAGAAUCCGAUGACGAGUAUGGCCGCAAGCGCACUUUCGGCACAUACGAAGAAGAUGAUGAACGUGAAGAGGAACACAGCAGAAAGCGUGUUCGCUCAAUAAACACGAUCCCUCGUGGUAGCCCGGCACCUUCACUUGUUUUUGAACCCACACCGGAUGAUUCCUCUGAUGACGAAAUGUGGGAAGAGCCAGCUACUGGAUAUGUUGGUCACGAUGGCGUGUACUAUGACCCAGAUGGACGACGCCAACACACGCAGGCUGAUGAUGGACAAGAAUAUUUCGAGCAUGAUGUCAAUGAUGGCGGCUUCCCUGUCCGCGAUUAUACUCCACCUUCGCCACAGCAGCAAAACCCAAGCCCUUCAAGUGCUCCGGCUUCGAGAAUCAGAUCAUAUGCUUCGAGAUUCGCUGCCACUAGGCGCAAUGGUUCAGCACCCGCUAGACUUAGAAGGGAGCGAAUGCUACGAAGUCAAUGGAGUGAAUGGCAGAAUAACCGAAGUAGCCCAAAAUAG